AUGAGUUACGAUCCAAUUCAUGAUACAUAUACACCAGCAAAGCCAAAAGAUCCGCAACUGCUGCCUCCGAACGCUGUACAAAAGAAGCAUGAUCCAUUAUCAAUUUCGAGCUUAGUUUCCGAAGAGAAAGCUUCAUCUAAGGAUCCCUUCACAGAAGCUGCACCGGCUCCAGCUGCCAUGAAUACUCCUUCUCGUACGCGCAAUGCUCAUAAAAUCCAGGCAAUUUCUAAUUUAAUUGAAGCGGAAACUGAGAAUGACGGCGACGAUGAUUAUGAUGAGACCGAUGUCAACUCAACGAAUCUAGGCGAUGAUGAGGAUUAUUCUGGGCCAUCGCCUUCUUCCAACAAGACAAAGAAGAAACCACAUGCUGCUGCCUCGUCCCCCUCGUCGUCGUCGUCGUCUAAGAAGAAGAAGAAGAGCAAUAUUGCCAAUUCCAAGCUAUCUUUGAAGAAGGGCGAUGGUGAACCCUUUUGGAGAAGAGAUAUUCAAUAUGAUAUGUUGACCGCUUUGUUCGAUGAUGAAACAGCUUGUUUCACCAACACCUACCCCCAUCUGAACUUGCCAGGUGUCAAUAAUAGUCCAAAAGUGACAUUCGCAGAAUUGUAUAUCCGAACCUUGGCUGAAUCAAAUAAGUGCUCCAAAGUUUUAAAAGAGAAGUUGCUUCGAGAUUUUGAUUUGGGUAAAGCUGUUUCCAAGGUGUGUGUGUUGGUCAAUGCAGGGAGAAUGAAUACAACUAUUAAUUUCGUACAUGACAUGAAGUCUACUUUGAGAACCUAUCACUCGAUACCUUGCUUGCAAACGGGACCUCAAGGUGGUACUAUUAGACAAUUGCAAGAUACCCCUCGAUUGAAAUCCAUAAUCAAGGCGGUCAAUGAGGGACAAGAACAAAAGGUAACUAGUCUUGAGCAGUUGGUUGCUUCGCCUCCAUCGAUUAAACCCAACACUGAUAUUGUCCACUUGCUAUUUCUACUUAGUGAGGCCAAUAAUGGAAUACCAUUGAUAAAAGAUCGUGAUUUUCAUUUGUUGGAUUUGUUUGUCAAUACGAAAGCGACCCCGCAAAGUAGAGCCAAUUUAUUACUAUGGUUGUUCUACACCUUUUUGGAAACAGAUUUCACACCUCAACAACUAUCUCAAAAUCCAUUUGGGGGGUCUGAUGCACCUCACGAAGACCCAAUACCUGAAUCUUCAUGUGUUAAAUUUGAUGUUGACACGCAGUACGAAAUUGACUAUGCUGCAGAGAUGCUUCAAGCAAGAAAACUUUAUUUAAGCGAGGAUCACUCGCAUGAUGGGCACCACGUAUCGCAACGAACUCAAGAUACGCGUGCAGGUGCAGGUGCAGGUGCAGGUGCCAGUACCAGUGCCAGUGCCGGUGGUAGUUCCAGUGUCAAUGUUACCACAAAUAACAGUGCUGCGCCCAAGGUAAAUUCAAAGAAGAGAGAAGCCAAGAAUGAAGAAACAAACGUUGAGCAUGAAGAUGGUGAGAAAAAGGUGAGUAAACCAAAUCCACCCAAAAAGAAACAAAAGAAAACAAGUACAGAAACAUUAUCACCCUUGUCUAAAAGCAUCAUCAGCUUGAGCAUGCGAUCAUUACAGAAACCAAGUUCGGAUAUGGUCGAGACUAGACCAGAGGAAGGUGAAGAAGAAAAGGUAGAGAGUCACAUCUCUCCGAAGGUUAAUAUCAAUUUUCCAAUUAAUGGCAUUGAAAAGUCGAUAAGAAAAUUCACCAAACUGCCAUUCAUUUCCCCUCCUCCACAGCCUAAUUUUGAGGAGUCGAUAGAGUUCAAAUGCGACUUGUUAGAAGCAACAAAUCCAUUAGUUCAUGAAGUGCGGACUUCGUCGAAAGCAAGCACGGCCUCCUUCAAUAAGAAAAUCACCAUUUUGGGAAACUGGCUAUACCGUUAUUUCAAUUAUAAGAAAUCAAUAGCGAACAAAUUUGUUGGAUUGGAAUGGGAAGAUAUUCGACAUGAUUUGGUUUCGGGUGUUGAAACGUAUCUAUAUCAAAAUUUUGGCAAGUCUUUAACCACGAAUAAAUUGUUGACCGAAAUGAAUGAUGAUGAUGCAAAUGAGGUUGGCAAGAGUAUUGAUGGGAUUGGCAGUAUUGAUGAUGUCGUUUUCAAUUAUAUCCCAGUCGGCGAUUUCGAUAAAGCUAACGAAAAGAAAUCGUUUUUGCUACAUUUGACUACAUUUGUUAAUGAUUUUUUCAUAAAUAAAAUGGAAUCCGAAUUGAAUCGUGGAGCAUUGAAAAGUAAUAUUACAUUUGAUCUUGAAAAUGAAAAUAUGUCUAUGUGA